GUUACCCAUUUUUUCCUCACCUUUUCCAGGCUCCUCCACUUUUUCGAAACUGUGUGUAUUCCCCUUUAAGGGGCUGGGCAUCUCUCCCGCCCUCUCCAGAGUCGACUGAAGUUUCCGAGGAGCCUCCUCUAGCUGGGUUGGACACACCUUUCAAAGACCCCUAAUCGUGCUCCGUGCACCUCAAACGCUCCUUUCCCUGGUGCUGUCCCCUGCCCCUCUCCCUGACUUCCUUCUCAACUACAAGAUUCAGCCUCUCCCUAAGGGGCUUGAGCAUCCUCAAGGUUUCCCACCCUUCACUGCUCCGUCCCCGGAUGGAGCCAGAGAAAUGUGGUGGGGGGGUCGGGGCCAGAGUUUCAACAUCGCCCCCCAGAAGGCGGAGCCAGACAUGGGGCUCUCUGGACCAAAGUCUGUCCAGAGGACUGGGAUGCUGGAGUCCAGGAGUUGUCAGCUUGGCAGUCACCUGGCCUCGGGAUGCCUCCCAGGGGAGCAGAUCCUAGCAUGGGCCCCAGGGGUGAGGAAGGGGCUGGAACCUGAAUUGCCUGGAACCCUGAUCUGCACCAACUUGAGGGUCACCUUCCAGCCCUGUGGAUGGCAACGGAGUCAGGAGACUCCCCUGAGCAGUGAAUAUGAUUUUGUCUUGGUCAACAUUGGGCGAUUAGAGGCUGUGAGUGGCCUGUCCAGAGUCCAGCUCCUCCGUCCAGGGUCCCCACUUAAAUUUACCCCUGAGGAGAUCCUCAUUCAUGGCCGAGACUUCCGGCUGCUCAGAGUUGCUUUUGAGGCUGGAGGACUAGAGCCUCAGGCCUUUCAGGUGACCAUGGCCAUUGUCCGAGCCAGAGCUCAGAGCAGUCAAGCCCAACAGUAUGCAGGGAUAUCCCUGAGCAAGGCUGGCCAGAGUUCAGGGCCCAGAAAACCACCUAUUCCCCUCUUGGAGACAUCAGAAGACUGGGAGACUGAGCGGAAAAAGCAGGGGGCCGGGAGCUGGAGGGUCAGUCCUGUCAAUGAGAGGUUCGACGUAGCCACCAGCCUCCCCCGUUACUUCUGGGUCCCUAAGCGAACUUUGGACAGUGAGGUCAGGAGAGCAUUUGGCCACUUCCAUCAGGGCCGUGGACCGCGCCUGUCCUGGCAUCACCCUGGGGGCAGUGAUCUUCUCCGCUGUGGUGGCUUCUAUACAGCCAGCGACCCUAACAAGGAGGAUAUCAGAGCAGUGGAGUCAAUGCUCCAGGCUGGGCAUUCAGAUGUUGUCCUGGUGGACACUGUGGAUGAGCUGCCUAGUCUUACAGAUGUCCAACUUGCCCACUUGAAGCUGAGGGCCCUCUGCCUGCCUGAUUCAUCUGCGGCCGAGGAGAAAUGGCUCUCAGCCCUGGAAGGAACACGAUGGUUGGAUUAUGUCAGGUCUUGUCUUCGAAAGGCCAGUGACAUCUCAGUCUUAGUGACAUCCAGGGUUCGCUCUGUAGUACUCCAAGAGCGCGGUGAUCGUGAUUUCAAUGGCCUCCUCUCUUCACUCGUCCAGCUGCUUUCAGCCCCUGAAGCCCGAACACUGCUUGGCUUCCAAUCACUAGUGCAGCGAGAGUGGGUGGCAGCCGGACAUCCCUUCCUGACCCGACUUGGGGUAACUGGAGCCAGUGAAGAGGCUCCAGUGUUUCUCCUCUUCCUUGAUUGUGUCUGGCAGCUCCUCCAGCAGUUUCCAGCUGAGUUUGAAUUCUCAGAGUUUUUCCUUCUUGCUCUUCAUGACAGUGCCAGGGUUCCUGACACUCUCACAUUCUUGAGAGAUACUCCCUGGGAGCGUGGAAAGCAGAGUGGACAGUUCAACUCCUAUACACAAAUCUAUACUGCAGGGUACUCCCAACUCCCUGCUGGGAACUCUGUUAACCCACAACUGUCUGUCUGGGACUGGGAUUUACGCUACAGCAGUGAACAGAUACUACAAUUCCAUAACCCUGGCUAUGACCCGGAACACUGCCCAGAUUCCUGGCUCCCUAGACAGCAGCCAAACUUCAUGGUUUCUGGACCCCCCAGUUCUGUGUGGCUCUUCUCCAGAGGGGCUCUGACCCCCCUGAAUCAGCUCUGUCCUUGGCGGGACAGUCCCUCCCUGCUGGCAGUCUCUUCUCGUUGGCUCCCUCGACCUGCUAUCUCCUCUGAAAGCCUGGCUGAUCAGGAGUGGGGACUCCCCUCACACUGGGGAGCUUGCCCUUUACCCCCAGGGUUGCUGCUGCCUGGGUAUCUGGGACCCCAGAUCAGGCUGUGGAGACGCUGCUACCUGAGGGGAAGGCCUGAGGUCCAGAAAGGCCUCUCAGCUCCCACAAUCUCUGGCCUCCAGGAUGAGCUAUCCCAUCUUCAGGAGCUUUUAAGGAAAUGGACACCAAGAAUAUCUCCUGAGGAUCAUUCCGAGAAAAGAGAUCCAAAUACCAUUGUCUCCCAAUCCCGUUGAAAUCGCUUUUUUAUGGGCACGGCAGAGGGUGAUCUGGGGUGAGGGAGGGUUCUUUUUAAUCUUCCAAUUUUUCUUAUCUGUUCUUGCUGUCUCAGCUUUUGACACUCCAGCCCUCAACAAGCUCACUGACCUGGCUUUCCGUUGCAGAUGGGUGGCGCUAACCUCCCAACAAGAGUUGCCCUGUCCUGUUUCGUUCUUCCAGAUAGGUUUCUUAGGAUUUCAGGAAUUAAGAAACAAAAGCAAUCCAGAAUACGAUUACCUUUGUUUUUUUUCAGGGCAAUUCUAUCCCUUUGGAUAUCCAGCUGUUAAAAUUGUGAGAUGAGAGAUGCUGUUCAUCAGUUCUAACAAGAUGGCCUACAGAACUCAUUCUCACCUCCUCUUGCUGCUUCUGUAAUUCCAAUUUCUGUUUCUUCCCUUUAGUUUUCUAUGGGUAUGCAGUGGGUAUGGGAGGCACCCUGUCUCUGCCAAUUGUAUAUUUUGUAGUAACAUUUCUAUUUAAGGAGUUCAUUAAAAACAGUAUUUAUACACGGUGCUGGCAUUACCUCUUGUGUCUG